AAUGAUGGUCUAAGAGAUUACGCUCAACUCCCAAUUAUUAUAAAUUAUGAAGGAAAACAUCCCGAAAAAAUUAAGAUCAAUCGAUUUAAUAAAAUGUCUAAAAUAUCUAUAGCUGAUGAAGGUGCAAUAAGAACAGAAAUACGAAAGAAAAUAGAUGACAAGACCGGUCCACUUUUUAUACGCCUAGCUUUUCAUACCUUAGUAAGUUUUGAUGUGGUUUCGAAGACCAUUGCCCUGGACUUUGGUGACUCGAAAAAUGGAGGUUUAAAAGUGGCGACAGAAAAGUUGGAAAGUGUAAGGAAAAAUCAUCCAGAGGUUUCUAGUAG